AUGUCAUUAAAAAUUUUAGUACCAAUUAAACGUGUUGUUGAUUAUGCAGUAAAGAUUAGAGUAAAAGGUGAUAAAUCAGGUGUUGAAACAGCAAAUGUAAAGAUGAGUAUGAACCCAUUCGAUGAGAUUGCAGUUGAAGAAGCAAUCAGAAUUAAAGAGAAAAAUUUAGCAAAAGAGAUCAUUGCAGUUUCAAUGGGACCAAAAACAUCACAAGAAACAAUUAGAACUGCAAUUGCAAUGGGUGCAGAUAAAGGUAUUCACGUUGAAACCACUGCUGAAUUACAACCAUUAAGUGUUGCAAAAUUAUUAAAAGAAUUAGUUGAUAAAGAGAAACCAAAUUUAAUCAUUCUUGGUAAACAAGCAAUUGAUGAUGAUUGUAAUCAAACUGCUCAAAUGUUAGCUGGUUUAUUAAAUUGGCCACAAGCAACAUUUGCAUCAAAGGUUGAUAUUAAAGAUGAUAGUGUACAUGUUACUCGUGAAAUUGAUGGUGGUUUAGAAACACUUUCAAUGAAAUUACCAGCUAUAAUUUCAUGUGACCUUAGAUUAAAUGAACCAAGAUAUGCAAAAUUACAAAAUAUUAUGAAAUCUAAAAAAGCAGAAUUAAAAGUUGAAACACCAGAAAGCCUUAAUGUCGAUACUAAUUGCAAUCUUAAAAUUAUUUCAGUUGAAGAACCACCAAAGAGAUCAGGUGGUGUAAAAGUUGAAAGCGUUGAAAAUGUUGUUGAAGCACUUAAAAAGCAUGCUUUAAUUUAA